AGCUUCCAACAAUAAAUCGACCCUUAGGUACCUAGUACUUAUAUCUAGGAAUCGUCAACACAGCACACCUAGUUAACUCAACUCUUCCCACUUGAUUUCCAAAACGCAAUUAAUUCAUCCACUGCGAUCGCAACCACAAUCACGGUCGCGUUGACGACAAGAUACUUUUCCCGAAUUCUAUUGAAUUAAUCAAUUGCUACGCAAUCCAAUUUCUGCCUGGUUUGCCACUUCGUGCUCACAUCGACCCACACAUAGCCUGGCAUCAGAGUCCAUGGCUGACAAACCAAUGUCGACAACCGGUAUCAAGUUUCCUUCUUUCGGCCCCAGGUACCAAGUUCAUUUACUUUCGACACCAGCUUCCUCGCGCAACAUGGAUAAGACUACGAUGGCUCCAAUCGCCUCUUCAACGGAAUCGGGAUCGGGAUCGGGAUUUAAGAAGCCUCUUGAUAUUAGCAGCCUAAUGUCACCUCCUGAGCCUCCUCGAUUCGAUUCGUUUUCGCCUGGACGCGAAUCGAACCCCACGGGCCCAAAUAUUUCCGAUGUUCGACGGCUGCAUCUCAUUUCGCCAAUCUCGCCUCCUAUCUCGCCUACCACGAAGGCUGAUGAUAAUUCUGUCAAUCCUGCGUCAUCCACAGGGACUGCUGUGCAGGAUCCUAUCUUGUACCCACCACAGGACGUUACUCGCUCACCGCAGCAACAACCAUUGUUUAGUCAAGAUGACUCUAUCGACGUUCGCAAAAUUGUAGACGAACAUAUGAAUGUACGAUCGGCGGACAUGUUUGUAAAUGCUAACCCACCCAAGCGAGAGGAAUACGAAUUGGUCCUAUCCUUCAAAUCCGAGGUACUGAGGGAGUACGCAAAGGAUCGGAAGCGGUGGCUUAACCGUGAACGUGGAUUUUUGCUGGAGGACCGACGAGCUGGGGCACGCAAUAAUCAGUUCAAGCACAAGCCGAAGCCACUCCUUCCGGCGAAGCCCCCUCAGGUUCGAAAGGAGACACAGCGUACGAAGACUGCGAAGCCGGCAAAGGUAGUCAAAGCAACACAGUCUAACACCGCGGUUCCGCGGCCAAUUCGGUCAUAUCCAACGACAAAUCCGGGUCAAUCUUCCAAUCGCCCACCAAGCGCAACGCCUGAUCCUUCACCACGUCGUGCAGUUGCCCCAAACCGGGAAGAUAAGGAUUUUGCCUCACUUGCCAACUUCUGUCCGCCUUUGGAUUCGCUCCCGGAACGAUCCAACAGCCUCAAGGUGGAUUGGAAAGGAACACCAAUCGAUUUGAGCAAUGACCCGCAUCGUCAUCUUCUGCACCCUGACGAGAUUACACUCGCCGCCAAUCUUCGACUCGAUUGUGCUACCUACCUGACGAGCAAGCGACGGAUGUUUAUCCGCCGUCGAGAGUGUCUUAAGAUGGGAAAGGAGUUCCGCAAGACGGAUGCACAGCAGGCCUGUAAAAUUGACGUCAACAAAGCCUCCAAGUUGUGGACAGCCUUUGACAAGGUCGGUUGGCUUGAGAAGACGUGGAUGGCCGACUUCAUGUAAUUGAUCAACGAAUCCCCCUGAGCCAUGAUCCAUUAGACAUGGACCGAAUCGUCCAGGGGUAUCCUAGUCCACGUAUACCGUUUUCGGGUCUUUGGGGCUCGGAUUUUUAAUCGUUUAUGCAUAUUGGUUUCGGUUAGGCUUCAGUUUUCUGGUUAUCGGCGGUUGCAUCACGACCAUCGGAUUGGUCUCAGAGAUACACAUUCCCCCUUCCCCCCCAUUUGUUUUUUCGCUCGGUUCUACUUGUUUCGCAGACGUCAACUUACCAACGGUAUCAGAUCACGGAAGAGAGACUUGGUUUUCAUUUCAUUGAUACACAGCAUAACGGGAUUGCAAUGAUACCCGGAGUGAGCAGGUUCAUACCCCUAUGGUUACCCCCACUCCACACAUGUUUCUUUUUUCGGUUUAGGCUAGGUUAGGAGGUCGGUUUGUUCAUCGGUCGGUCGGU